AUGGACGAGAAUCACGUUGUGCUGCUUGGUACAAUUCAAGAGCGUCGAAAUGUGAAUGAUAGAUCACCUUAUGUUUGCAAAGCAGGAGGAACACCAGCUUGGUAUAUGGACCCACCAUCGGAGGCUAAUAAUUUGACGUGUAGUAAAUGUAGCAAAGCUUUGUUUUUAGUUGCACAAGUGUAUGCUCCAGUGGAAAUGGAUCGGACACUUUACGUUUUCGGAUGUAAUUCAAAAGCGUGUACUGAAAACCCUGGCAGUUGGCGAGUAUUGCGUGACCAGAUUAAUUCUGUUACCAGAUCGACUGAAGUCCAAAUCGAAGAGAUGUCAAAGCAGGUUGAUCGGAUUAAAGUUGCAUGGGGAUCCGACAGCGAUGGUAGUGAUUGGAGUAGUGAUGAAGAUGAUAUUAUGGCACCAGUCCCAACAAUUGAAACUGCGGAUCUAGAGAUGUUAUUGCAGCAACGAAAUGAGGUUAUGAAAUCUAGUGCAAUGAAAAGUAAAUCGACCUCUGUGUUUGAGAAAGUGAAAAAUGAAAAGGAGUCCGAUUUAAGUGGCAAGCAAAAUGCCUUUCCGGCUCUAGCGAUUGAAGUGAUUGAAGAACCAUUUGAAGACUACUUAGCUGAACACGACUUUGAGCACGAAAAUCGUCUUCUCGAAGAAUAUAUGAAGCUUGAGGAGGAAGAGAAAUCGACCGAUUUAAAUGAUUUGCGAACCUUGAUCACGAAUCUGAAAAAGAAGGAAGGAAGUUUACAUUCUGGUAAAGUCGGCCAAAACGAGUCUUACGAAAGGACUCCAGCACAGCAGCGACAUUUACUGCGCUUUCAGAAACGCAUUCGUCGAUGUCCACUGCAAUGCCUUCGCUAUGACUAUGGCGGCGAACCGCUUUGGCCGGUAGUAGCUCCUCAAAACUUGAAAGUUCCUCCUUGCCCUGGCUGCGGACAAGAGCGUUUUUUUGAAAUGCAGUUGACACCGACAAUGAUUUACUUUUUAAAUGUUGAUCAGUACAUUUCGACCGACAAUGUCAUUCAGCAGCAACCUACGUCCCUUUCCGAUGAUUCUAGAUCUAGAUGUGACGCACAUAAAGCACUUGCACCGUUUGGUGGCAUGGACUGGCUCAGUCUGAUUGUCUAUAGCUGCUCUGCAAGUUGUGCUCAUAGUCAUGAAGAGUUUGUCUAUGUGGUGCCUUAG